AUGGGAUCAUACCCUUCGCCGUACUCAGAACACGAGACAAGUUUGACAUCGUUAACAGCAUCUAGAAGUCCAAACUUUCGGUCAAAUUUGUUCUCAUGCUGGUCAUCAUCUACCAGUCAUUCGACAUCACGAGUGUCUCAGUCUGUGCCAAUAGAAUCUUCGAUGCCAAGUUCAGUCACUGAUUCCAACUCUCUCAAUGUUUCAAGUUUCAAAGCAGUCGAUGAGAAACAUGGUCCACCGUUGAAUCCUACGAUAAAAAACUCAAUCUCAGCGCCAACGAGAAAACGUAAACGCACUUCAGGUGCCAUGCGGAUGCGUAAUUUUCUUUGUAUUUAUCCGAGAUGUGGAAAGUCAUUUACUGACAGUGCUCAUCUAAGAGAUCACACUGUUGUUCAUACUGGUGAAAAAACAUUCAGCUGCCCAACUUGUUACAAAAAAUUUGCUCGAGUCUCGACUUUACAAGAACAUAUUCGUACUCACACAGGAGAAAAACCAUACGUUUGUAGUAUACCUGGCUGCACCAAGCGGUACUCAUCUCGAGCAGCACUGCGUUUUCAUCGAUCAACACACAAUUUACAACCUGUGGACCAAAUGCGUCCACAAGACUUAAAUGCAGAACGAGUACAAUCGAUGCCAUUUAAGUGUAAGGAAUGUGGAAAACGCUUUCGUGUGCGAGAACUUCUUAUGGCUCAUAUGAAAGUCCAUAGCGUUCACUGUGCACCAACUGCAGUGACUUUGCUUCCUUCUGUCUCAACCCCAAGAACGGAAAAUUGUAAGUCAUUGAAUGAUAAAGAGAAGAGAAGAAAUGUGCAUUGGAAACACGGGGAUGAGGUAGGACUGUCACAUGAAAGCAGAUUUCUUUACGAUACGAUACGAGCACAACAGAAACAGAUAGAGCAAUUAAAGGCCGAGGUGCUGCGAUUGCGAGGUAUUUCGGACGACAUGACAGGACUGCAUUCACCAAGUCAAACGUCUCAGACUAUUGGAAUUGUCUUGCCUGCAAUCACUGCUCCAAUUGAAUAUCUGCGAGAUGGAGUUAAGCCGUUUGAGUGCUGCAUCUGUCACAAUCGCUUUGCCAAUUUCUAUCAGCUAACAUUUCAUGGCAAACAGCACCCAGAGCGGUCAAUGAACGAAGUGACGGGGGAUCAAACUCCACUUCCAGUUGGGCCAAAGCAUUGUCCAGAAACACAAUGUGAGUACGCGGAAUCGACAGGUCGAAGUUUAAGAAAUUUACAGACAUUAAAACGUCAUUGGCAACGACGCCAUCAAAAUGAAAGACCGUAUACAUGUUCGUAUUGCCCAGCGACACGUCAAAAGACUUUCAAGACACGAGAUAAUCUGAAAGCUCAUGAGAAAGAUUGCACGAAGAACAGGCAUGUUUAUGCUUAUCAGAACUUUCGGGAUGUGGCUUCGUCGGUCGGAAAUCCCACAUCUAUCGAAAAACAAGCAGAAGCUGCUGCCACGCUUUCAGGAAAUCAAUAUCAUCCAAGUCUCCGAGUGGAAACGCUGGAUCAGAAGCUUGUGACGGAUCAAGGGACGCAACAGAUACAACCUUUAAGUCUCACAAUCAUGACUUUUAACUUGAGAUAUGCUGGUACUGGAGAUGGACUGAAUGGCUGGGAUUACCGCAAAGAGCACGUUGCUGACAUUAUUGACCGCUAUCAUCCUGCUAUUAUGGGGACACAGGAGGGAUUAAAGACUCAAUUAGCCGAGCUUGAGAGCUUGCUGAAACACCCGUACGCACGCUUUGGCAUUGAACGCGAGGAAAAUGGCGAGUUUGAACAGAUUUUUUAUGAUACAUCGAUAUUAGAACGCUUAGAUGAUGGGAACUUUUGGCUUUCGGAGCAACCAGACACACCAGGGACAAAAGGUUGGGAUGCAGCAUGUGUUCGUAUGGUCACAUGGGGAAAGUUCCGUUUGCGUGCUACACAACAAGAGCUUUUUGUUUUCAACACGCAGCUAGAUCAUGUGGGCCCGACAUCACGCACAGAAGGCUCAAAGUUAAUAUGGGAACGCAUUCAGCAGAUUGCGGGUGAUGCUCCAUUAUUUCUCAUGGGAGACUUUAAUACGUAUCGUCACACCAGUACCUACAGUUUCUUUACAUCCCAAAAAGAUGGACCACAUCUUCUUGAAGCAUGGCCUGAAGCAAAGAAGCAAAUUGGUGAUGUGUCAUUUACUUACCAUGGUUGGGCUGGCGUGAAGAAUGAUGGCGAGAAAACUGCCAUUCGCGCUGCUAACCACAUUGACUGGAUCUUUUACCGUCCGCAAAUGACUGUGCUGAAGACUGAAGUUAUCGUUGAAGAUCGCAAGGGACGCUAUCCUUCGGAUCAUUAUCCAAUUCAAGCAGAGGUGCUAUUCCCAAAUCCAGCUGAACUGCCAUCACAACGUACCUCAUAG